AUGGGGUCUCUCGCCGAUAUUCGUCCUUCAGCAUCGCUUGACGUGCUUCCAUACGGAAGAUUGGGGCACGAGAUUGCACCAGAUACUGCUGCCUCCAACAUCAGACGAUUACUGAAGCCCGAUACGAAGCCUCAUCAUAACCUUGGAAGUUUUGUCACGACUGCGCUCGAUAUCCACGGCGAACAGUUGCUGCUGGAAAACUACGCCAAGAACCUGGCUUGUCGUCACGAGUACCCUGGCAUCGACGAAUUGCAUUCCCGGUGCGUCUCCAUUCUGGGCGACUUAUGGGGCGUCUCAGCCGCGGGCGCUCCCGUGGGAUCUGCAGUGUCCGGCAGUUCAGAAGCCAUCUUUCUCGGCAUCCUUGCCAUGAAGAAGAGGUGGAUGGCCGGUCGUACAGAUCGAGACACCCCGCGCGAGCCCAACAUCAUCGUUGGGAGCCACGCACACGUGGCCGUCCCCAACGGCGCUUCCGCCUGCGACGUUCAAGUCAGAUCGCUUCAGGUAAGCGCAUCGAGCAACUUUGUGGUAGAUCCCUUCCAGCUGGAGGCGCUGAUCGAUGACGGCACAAUCGGUAUUGUGCUCAUCAUGGGGAGCACAUACACCGGUCAUUUCGAUCCCGUCAAGGAUGUUGGCGUCAUGCUCGACAAGCACGAGGCCUCGACGGGCCGCAACAUCAUGAUCCACGUCGACGCAGCUAGCGGGGGCUUUGUGGCACCGUUUCUCGGAAAGAACGGGAGCUGCACACAAUGGGACUUUUCCAAUUCGCGUGUUGCCUCGAUCAACGCUUCCGGACACAAGUUCGGGCUGGCUACAGCGUCCGUUGGCUGGGUCCUGUGGCGUGACCGGGCGUGUCUCCCUGACAGCAUGGUACACAGCUCUGACUACCUGAUGGGGCAAAACGAAUCGGUCACGUUGAGUUACUCCCAGCCAGCCCACGGCGUGGUGCUGCAGUAUUAUCAUUUGGCCCGGCUGGGUCGCCUCGGCUACGAGAGGAUCAUGGAGGAAGCUUUCCAGCGCGCUGUCGACCUGGGUCGUCUCCUCGAGAAAACGGGGUUAUUCGAAUGCGUCGACGGCGUGUACCGGGGCCCUCUAGAAUCGGUGGCCAACAAGAGUCAGCAAGGAGCAACAGCGGCAAGCCGCAGCAGCGGUCUGCCCCUGGUAGUUUUCCGACUUCGACCAGGCGUUCAACGUCAAUUUUCGGGACUCGACGAGCAAUGGAUAAGCCAUGGCUUGAUGCAGCGGGGUUUCAGUGUUCCUUGCUGCAAGCUACCUAUCGGAGGCAUGGAGGUCUCGGUUCUGCGGAUAGUGUUGCGGGCUGGAGUCUCAGAUGAGGUCUGCCAGCGUUUUGUGGCCGCUUUGAAGAGCCUCCUGGCUGUAGCAGAAGGUCGUUAG